UGAUGCCCUUGUCCGAUUAUCAACGAACCAGUGGCGUGAAAUUAGAAAUAUUUUCAUUUUAAAUCUUUUAAUUUAAGAAAUUUACUCCUAAUUGGCAAAGUCGUCGAACCUAGUUACCUUGCCAAUCUUACCUCCCAAGGUUGUUUCAUUAAUUGUGGCAACCCUAACCGCCAGUUGUUGCGAAGUGAAUAUUUUUUAUAAGUAGCAUGAGGCUGAUGGCGGUAUGUUUAUGUUUGUUAAGUUAGAAUUGGUGAAAUAAUAUACUCGAAUUUAUGGAUAUUAGACGAUUAAAAAAUGUGAAAGAUUUAUUUUUAAGUUUCAACUAACAACAUGAAAACUAGAUCAUGCAGGGUAAAUGUAAUGGAUGAUGAUAGGUUCUGUGCAAAGUUAUCGGUCGUAUGAAUCAAAUGACACCAAUAAAGGAGACCGAGACAGAUGAUAGCUCAACAAAUUCAUCUUCUCGACAACGAAAGCUUUCCGGUAAAGUUGUUGCCCAUCUUCAGAAAUAUGAUAGAAAUGGUUUGCCGAAAAUUAGCCAUUUGCCUCACUCGCUGAAGAGGGAACUAGAAACUAGCAGAGAUACGGAUCAAAAAAGUUCUGUGGCAACCAUUUCGUCACAUUCCAAUUCUAACGAAAUGUUUGUUAAUGGGACUGAUAGCAUUGAUGACAAGCAAAAUGUGAGACGCAGCACACGUCAGAGGAAGUUCAUGUACGAUAAUUUGAACCAAGCUUGGCUUUUAGCUUCUAGUAUUCCGGAGUUUACUAAAUAUGAGCCACUUUUCCCUACCGUUCAAAGAAGUCCCCAAGAUGAUCAGUGUGAAACCGUAAGGCCGAGACGCUCUCUGAGAAACCAUAAUGAGUUGCAACGGUUAGGCCUUACACCAGAAGGCCUAGAAUAUGAGGAUAUGUAUAGUAGAGUCAAAAGAAAGAAGAGAAAGACUGUGCACACUUUCUUUUCUCGGCGCAUCUCUCGAGGAGACGGGUGUAUGGCUGAUACGGAAGAUACAGACCAAAAUGGGAUUUCUGAUUCAGAUACUAUUGAUGACAGAAGUGACAUCGAAAAUAGUAUGCAAUCUGCACCCCAAUUUCCAACAGAAAUGGAUGGUGGCCAAAAUCAGGAUGGCGUAGCUCAUGUUCCAAGUAAUGUUGUGCGUGGCCCUAAGUAUUCUUUGCGGCCUAAGAAGCCUAUUACUGAGAGAUUUCAAGUAUCAAGAGAACCCACCAGACCUAGGCGAUCUACUACAACAAUUUUUGAGGCAAAUCAGCACCAUCCUCGACCACCAAGAGAAAGAGACUCAUUUAAAAUAAAAACUACAGCACAUCGUAAUCACAUCUAUACUAGAAAAAGGCAUGCGAUUCAUAAUAGUUCAAGUAGUUCUAGUGAUGAAGGACACUUUGAAAAACGAAAGGCUAUAAGUUUAGCUAGAGCUAGAAACAGAUGUCUCCCUCUCAAUUUUCUUGAUGAUGAUUUGACAAAGGGUACCAUACGGGAUCGAGUUAUGAUAGGCAGCAGUUUGGCCGAUAUUGAUCCUAUGGGUAUCGAUAAAACGGUAUCAUUUGACCAUGUGGGAGGUUUAGACAAGCAUAUCAGGUCCUUAAAGGAAAUGAUCCUUUUCCCUCUUAUGUAUCCUGAGGUGUUCCAAAGGUUUAAAAUUGCCCCACCUCGAGGCGUACUGUUUUACGGCCAACCAGGAACUGGCAAAACAUUAGUGGCUCGUGCCCUAGCAAAUGAAUGCAGUACUGGAGACAAGCGUGUUGCCUUUUUUAUGAGGAAAGGGGCAGAUUGCCUGAGUAAAUGGGUCGGAGAAUCGGAAAGGCAACUACGUCUAUUAUUUGACCAAGCUUACACUAUGAGGCCUGCUAUAAUUUUUUUCGAUGAAAUCGAUGGAUUGGCACCUGUCCGUUCGACUAGACAAGAUCAGAUCCAUAGUUCUAUUGUAUCUACCUUACUUGCAUUGAUGGAUGGUUUGGAUAACCGAGGAGAGAUCGUGAUUAUUGGUGCUACAAAUCGAUUGGAUGCGAUAGAUCCAGCUUUGAGAAGACCUGGUCGUUUCGAUCGGGAAUUGCUUUUUCCACUCCCUUCCUAUCAGGCCCGUGAAAAAAUUCUGAAGAUAAUAACAAAGGAAUGGAUCCCACCUCAACCAGAUUCUCUCAUCUCAGAACUAGCUGCUUGCACUGCAGGCUAUUGUGGUGCAGAUUUGAAAGCACUUUGCUCUGAAGCAGCGCUAGUUGCUCUCCGACGCCGCUAUCCUCAAAUUUAUGAAUCUAAGCAAAAGUUACAGUUGGACGUGGAGACCAUUCAUGUUGAUUCUGUAGAUUUUUUGACAGCUUUGAAAAAGAUGAAACCAUCCGUACAAAGGAGCUCAGUGUUCUCUUCUAAACCUUUAUCUACUGUUGUGAAGCCUUUACUGGAACCCACUUUGCUUGCAGUUGUUCAAAAAAUCUCAAAGAUCUUCCCCUAUUUCACGUUCCCUAUGAAGAAACAACCCUCUUUACCUAGUAUCUGUAGUGAAAACUCAACCUCUAAAUUAAUUGAUUCUGAAGAUAGUGAUAGUUACAUGUGUUCCGAUGAUGUUCCAAAGCUUACUUCUUGUCUUGGAUCCCCUAGGAGCAGAAUGAAGCUUCUGGAGGUGAAAUCGAAUUUAACCAGUAUGGCACCCAUACUGCAUCGACCUUAUUUUUUAAUAUCUGGUAAAGAAGGUCAGGGACAAGGAAGCCUGGCUCCUGCUGUACUACAUCUGUUAGAAAAUGUUACAGUGCAUAGACUGGAUAUACCAGCUCUGUAUGCGGUUACGACACGUGCACCUGAAGAAGCUUGUGCUCAGAUUUUUCAUGAAGCUCAAAGAAAUGUGCCUAGUGUUAUAUUUUUACCUCACAUUGGUUACUGGUGGGAAACAUUAUCAGAAACUGUUCGCGCUACAUUCCUAUCUCUCUUGCAAGACUUGGAUCCAUCAUUGCCGCUUAUGUUAUUUGCUACAAGUGAUGUCACAUACUAUCAAUUGCCGAUAAAGAUUCAAGAAAUCUUUAGUGCAUCUACGGAGCAAGUAUUUUCAAUGCGUACUCCAACUCUUGAAGAACGAAAAACUUUUUUUGCUAGUCUGGUUAAGGAAAUUUUCAAGUUGCCACAAAAAUCUGCUGAAAAAAGUAAACCAGAAGAAUUGCCUUUAGCACCUCCCCCUGUUAUCCAUAAGCUGACAGAUAAUGAGUUACAAAGGUUAAGGGAGAAAGAAGAAGCUACCUUGAGAGAACUUCGGCUGUUUCUUAGGGAUAUUGUCACAAAAUUAGCUAGAGAUAGGCGCUUUUCUGUGUUCUCGAGACCUGUAGAUCCUGAAGAAGUUCCUGAUUACCAAGAAGUAAUAAAGCAUCCCAUGGAUUUGGAAACCAUGAUGACAAAGAUUGAUACCCACCGUUAUGAAACCGUUGCUCAGUUUUUGAGUGACAUAGACCUAUUGUGCCAAAAUGCUCUGGAAUACAAUCCGGAUCGGGAUCCUUCUGAUAAAUUGAUACGGCAUCGUGCGUGUGCUUUAAAAGACAUGGCCCAUGCACUUGUUUUAUCUGAGCUUGAUGCAGAGUUUGAAAAAAUAUGCCAGGCAAUUCAUGCCUCUAGAAAAGAAAGAGGAGAAAACCCACCCUCCUUCCCAUCUCCUUCCAAGCGGCUUACUUCAAGUAGACUAACAAUGAGUGCCUCAAAUGUGGCUUCUACUUUUAAGAAUGAAGCCAAUAAAGUAUACGAUAAUCAUGUUAAUUCAUGUGAGAAAUCUUCUGAAAAGAAAGAAAAUGGUGAGACUUUGUCCUCACCUACUAGGUUCAGUAAGCGCCUGAGGGAACAGGGAACCUCCUCACAAACGACAGAGCAUCCUGUUACAAAACCUCAUUCACCUCCAAAACGAGCUUCAAGGUACGUCAUUUGGCGCAAACGAAAGAGAUCGCCCUGGUAUGGUGGCUGCAAACAAAAGCUGAUUCGCAGAAAGGUCGUCCGUAAUGACCCAUCUAAGAAGUCCAAAUACUUCUCCAAUGCAAAAUUCAUCAAAACUUCCGAUCCCUUGCAACCCACCCAAGAAGAGCUCGAUCCCACCGCUGAGCCAUCCGCUAGUAGCAGUAUGGAAGUGGUCAUCUCCAAAAGCGUGGAAGACCGAAGAGACAUGUCUGGAACAGACUCUUCUGCCACAGUGGUUUCACCCAAAACGAUAGCUAUGUAUAACGAUGCUGACAAAGAGGACAACACUGCAGAUGGCAAGACCAGUAACCCUGCUUCACCGUCAAAGCGACACCUUUCCUGUGAUAUUUCCAAUGAGUCUAAUUGCUCAAAUAGUGUUUUCUUUCAUAGCCCACCUUCCAGUUCCAUGCACAUCUCACCUUCCAAAAGGAAAUCAACAAUGAGUCCAGAGUCACCUCAUUUCACUAGAAGUCAAGGUAGCUUAGAUCCAACGACCUCUAGUGUUAGACAGAAGGUGUUGAUAGACACAGCUGCCUUGGAUGCAUUCAUAUCACAUCUUGUUAGAAUCACAGAGGAUUAUACAGUAGAAAAAUUGUUACAGCUCUAUUCAGUACUGCAGCAAUGUGUAUACAAGCAUCGAAAACAGUUAGAUAAGAAAGAGUUAUUAAAAGAACUAGAAAGAAAUUUGGAAUCUUUUCUACGAUAUAAACCAUCCUAGUCUUUUUUUCACAAAGCCUUAUGCAGUUCAUUGAAAAGUGUACAGUAUACUGCCGAGAAAACACUGCCCAGGUUUUAUUCCAUUAUUUUAAUGUGAUUCUUUUGUAGCAUAUUUAUUUACAUAAUAUUAUAUAUUUUGAAUACAUCUAGAAAAAAGAUUGCAUUGUAGAUAUACAUCUUAACAGGAUCACCUUUAUUUAUGUUUUCAUUGUUUCACAUCAAUUUCUUGUAAAAAAAAAAUUUCCUGUUGAAAUGUGUUUUAAGGUAUGUUUUCUAUCUAUAUUCAUUGCCAUAUGAUUGGUUGAAAUCAAUGUCAUAACGAUCAUGCCCUAUCCUUAUAUUGUGAGUGAGAUAUAUGAUAAUCUAACCUACCUAAAUAAGGUAACAUCAAUAUGUAUAUAUUACCUGAAUCUAACUCUGCAGAUUUAAAGACAAAUUAUCUUUUUUUUUAAUACUAAUUACUGGUGUUAUAAAAUCUUUCGUACUAAUUACACUGGCAUACAAAUAUCAGGAUUUUUUAAAAAAUCACUUUUACUUCUGAAAGAUUAUUUAGCAUGCAUUAGUUUUGUGGAAUUUGGUAUGUAAAUAAAUAAAAAUUUUAUUCUUUAAAAUAUUCAUAAUACUUUCAAUUUUUUUCAAGGCUAAGAGAAAAGCAGAGCUCAAAGUUGUCCUCAAAUGUUCUUAAUUAUUAAACAUUUCAAUAAAUGUUCUGAAAUUUUUGCAUUUUUCCAAAUUUUUGUAUUAGUUACCAGGAAGAAUAAAUAUUAUUUAUCUAAGAAAUAAUUGACGAAAUUUAAACCUCAAAGAUUAUAUUAUAUCCCAUGAAACAAAAAGAACGACAAAGUCUUCAUAGCCCGUCGAGUAGGAUAUUUAUCUACUUCCAGUGUUAGAGAUUCUUACCCCUGAUUUGAUAGCAUAAAAGCAUUUGAUGAAAAUCCAGUGUUAUUCUUUUUUAUGCUCAAUGUAUUAGUAAAUUAUAAAAUAAUAACAAUAAUUAAUAAUAAAUAUCAAUUUUUAAUAAACAGUAUUAAUUAAUUAUAAAAUAUAAUAUAGCUGAAUUUCAUUCACUCAUAAAAUGCGAAGCAUUAAUUUUAAAGUUCAAAAUUUCUUUUUAAUAAUUAAAACAGAAGCAGUCUCUUUCUAAAUUGUGUUUCAAAAUUAAUAUUUCUCAGAAAUCCUAUUACAAAUGAAAGGUUUAAUUAAUAAAUUUUCUGUGUUAAUCGCAAGGGUUAUAUGCUAUUAUCUUGACUGUCAGCAUUUUUCACAUAAAAUUAUCGAUACUCUGAUAUCUAGUUUUGAACAGUUUAAGAUAAAAACAUUAAGAGUUGCUAUUUUUUAUUUUUUUUAUUGUUAUUAAAUAUAUAUUUUAAAGGCAUGCUUUCAUUUUAAUAGUAAGAGUUUAAUAUAUAAUUGUUCUAUUGUUAGUUACUAAAAUUUCUCAUUGUUUUAGCAUUACCUGAACAAAAUCUAGAUAUUGACAAUGGAGUUUGGGGCAAAAGACUUUAAACUCUAUUAUCAAUAUCUCGGUUAUUAUCCAUUAUUUGAACCCCCUUUGAAUAAGGAGGUUCAAAUAAAUGGUGCUACCUUUAGUAUUUAUUCAAGAUUUUUAAAAAAUUUAAAAAAACAUAGUGAGUUUUAGAAAUAAAAAAAGCUUUCCUUCAAUUCUCCAUGUUCUAAAAUGAAAUCUUUACUUUUACAAAUGCUUUAAAAUUAAACCUAUAGAGUUCUGGUGAUUUUUCCUAACCCUAGUUUUUGUGUGCCAGUUUAAAUAAUUAAACUAAUUGGUUCAGCUGUUAGUUAAAUUGAUAAUAAAUUCUAUUAUGUAUGUAACUCAUGUUACGUCAUUCAUGUUUAAAAAUAAAUUUCUAUUUAGCCGAUUUGUUUUAUUAUGUUUGUAGCUCAAUACUUUUUUACUAUUUUUAUCCAAUUUUUAACGCAGUAUAUAUUAAAACAUUAAGCUUUCAACUGUAGUUACUAAAUUAUGCUUAUUUUUUUCAUUAAAUUUGAGUGACUUUCUUACGAUAUUCCUUGUUGUUCCAAUUAAUAAAUACCAUUUAGUGGCAUAAACAAUUCAAUUUAAAAUAACAUCAGUAAUUAGAAUUUAAUUUUGAAAAUUGCCAAGCUAGUCUCUACAUAUUUGAAUACAUAAUAUAUAUACAUAAUAUAUAAUACUGUUUGUGGUCAUGUGAUGCAGUUUGUGUAUUCAUUUAUACCAAAAUAAGUUCAGAAACUUUUUAGUAAAUACUGUACUAUGGUGGUUAGAAAGCUGCAAUGUUCGUAUGAAAUCUAUUGUUAUUAGAGUUUGCUUAAAUAAAACUAUUAAAUGCCUUAAAAAUACUGUAUAUGACUCAGUAAAGAAAUCCUGCAUUUUUAAUCAAAGCAAAGAUAUUUAUUUUAUUAUUCAGAAAAGAUAUAACUGUUAUAAUUUGAAAUUUCUCCUCUUUUUGAAAUAUAUUCAAGGCUGUUGAAUAGUUUUUUAAAAUGCUGUUAGGGAUGAAUUUGUCUGCUCACAAAAGUUUGCUGAUUAUUUAAAUGCCUUUAAUUGGUAAAAAAUCAAAUUCAGGAAUUAAAUGUUUGUAGUAGCAAUUAAAUCUGUUACAUACUUGUGAAUUCUUGUCUAUUCAUACAUCACUGCCAUUUACAAGAUGAACUAUAAAGGGGUUUUUUUAUACUCAUAAAUAUUUCCCUAUGCUUUGUAUGUAUGUGUGUAUAUAUAUAUACAUGCAUACAUACAUUAAUUAUUCAGCAUCUGUCACUGCCAUUUUGUUGACAGCCAUUGCUAACAAAUUCAUUUUAUUUGUACCACGUUUGCACAAAUAUGUGGAAUAUUCAUUCCAUGUGAAUUAAAUAAUUUGUAUCAUACUGUACAGCGUAUCAUACAUUCUUUCAUAAAUAUUAAUACAGAUAUUCUCAAGUUAUGAUAUUCAUUAUUUUAAAUGUAAACUGCAAUACUGAUAAAUUUUAAUGCUGUCAAACUGCUAACGGCAAUUUGUGCACUUAUUGCAGCUCGGUAGUUUUAACAGCAAUUUUCCUUAAGGAAAAAAAAUUCCUUAAUAUUUUAGUAUUGUAAUUAGUAUUAAAUCAUAUUUAAUAGAUAUUUUCUUUAAAAAAAAAUUUUUUUUUUAAUUAUUUUUUGCGAAAAAAGAUUUUAGUGUUUAGUUUUAUCUGUAGUUGAAUUGAAAUUAUGUUCUUCAGAAAAAAAUUAGGUCUUUUAUUGGUAGUUGUAUUGGAUUUACCAGUUAUUUUGAUGAGGUCUUUAAUUUUAUUGGUUGUUGAAUUGAAAAAAAAAAUUUUUGGUCUGUUAUUAGUAAUUGAAAUGGAUUUGCCAGUUAUUGUAAUGUGGUCUUCAAUUUCUUUAGUAGUUGAAUUGAAUAUUUUUUUCACUUCAAAAGAAAGUAGAAUUUGAAAUAACCUUGUUGCUAGUGAUCUCAUUUACAAGUUGUAAUUAUUUUGUUAAUUAAAUUAACUCUUCUAAUUGUCCUGCAUGUAAAAUUUUGCCAUUAAUGUCCUGUUUGUAGAUGAUUGGUCAGAAUUCUAGAAAGAGAUCAGCGUCAUUUUCAAACUUUUUCUAGAGGAGAAACUACUUUCUGUUCCAUAGAAAAAUGGUCGUUAAUAGAGGUUUGUCUUAGGGGUUACCUCCAAUGACUUCAAAAUGUUAUCAAAGGUACAUGACAAUUUUAAAUUUAACUCAGUGUCAUUUUUUGGUGCGGAAAUGCCAUUUGUGUUGUCGUCAAAAUUUAGCGUCAAUAAAAAUGAUCUUUACUUAUAUAAUUAUGUGUAAAAACAAAUUUGACGCCCGGUGGCUGAGUGGUAGCGCAUCAUGCUCCCAUGCCGCAGGUCUUGGGUUCGAUCCUCGGGCCGGGCAAGGUUGACUCAGCCUUUCAUCCCUUCAAUGGGUCGAUAAAUGAGUACCAAGCAUGCUUGGGAACUAACACUGAAGGUUCCGCAUUCGGCUAACCACCUGAGCGGAACAUCUGCUCCUGCACCCCAGAGCCCAAGGUCAAGAAAACUGAGAUAGGCACAGUAGGCCCUAGCCCUCUAUAGGCUGUCGUGCCACUGAGUUUAGUUUUUAGUAAAAAAAUUUUUACCAAUCAUGAAUGAUUGGACUAUUUUAAAUGGAUAAACAAUUAUGUUUUAAUUUGUUCAAGUUUGUAUUUGAUAUUAUAUCAUAAAAAAUAGUUAGCUUUAAAAAAUGAAAAGAUGCUUAUUUGUUUGAGAAGAUAAGUUUUUUCUCAAAUAUUUUUUUUCUAACUUUCAAUUAAAAUAAAUCAUUGAUAAUAUUGUCUUUAGUGCACUCAGGUCACUGGUGCGGGGGGGGGGGNGGGGGGGGGGUUGAUGGUCUCUCCUAAAGGUUUUCUUCAACACUGAGUCUAUAGAAAAAAUCUGUGCCUCCCAAAAGUUAGUCGCAAAUAGAGGAAGUUGCUACAUAGAGGUGGUCUUUCCGACCUACUGUAUAUAUAAAUUCUUUAACCUAAAACAUAUUCCUUAUCCAGAUAAUUAUAUGACUAAUUAUCUUAUUAUAAAUAACUUAAAAUUAGUUAGAAAUGUGUAUUAAGAUGUAUUAUAGAAUAAUAAUUAAAUUAAAAUUGGUCAAAAAUAAACAUGAAUGUAAUAUAAGACUUCACAAGGUGACACCCUACAUGCAUUCAAGUGGGAGGGAUUUUUUGAAUAACUUUUUUACAUCACAAAAAUUCUAUUUGUGUUAAAUGUGUAUAAUGUACAUUUCUUUUGGGUGGUGUAAUGUACAUUUCCUUCAAACAAUUCCUGCGCACCCAAAAAAAAUUUAGAUUCAAAUAAUUUUUUUAAUAAAAAAAAAAGAAGGAUAGUUAGAAUUUUUUAUAUGCGUGUGAAGCUCUAAUGGCAGGAUUUUACAUGCUUGACUUGACAUAAUUUUUUAUGUAAUUAAAGUGUCACUCUUAUGUGUUAUGUUUUUGUAUUUAUUGUUUACAUAUUAAUCAUCUAAUUUAUUCAUACAAUAUAUUGAUAUCUUCUUUUGUAUAAUAGCUCAUGAUUACUUUCAUAAUUCUUCUAUUGUGUAUAAAUAUUUUUCCUAAUUUUUGUAUCUAAGUUAUUAAAAAUUUAUUUAGUUUUGCUUUAUAUCUCUUACCUAAUGUGUUUCAUAUAUUCUUUUGUUUUAUUAAUUUUAUUUGUAUUUAGCGUAUAUUUGUUUAUUAUAACGAUGUCAAAUUUUUCAAGAAUUAUAUAAAAAGCUUAAAAAUUAAUUAAGAUUUAAACUGAACUAGUUACAUAAUCUCUCAAAGUAAGGUUUUCUGUUGAAUUGAACUAUAAGUACCCAUUUAAUUUAUCGGCUUAGAUUUUCUAAAAUUAUGUUCUCAUUCUUUAAAGAAAUGAGUAUUCAAUUUCCCUUUGAACGACAAAUGAAUUAUUAUAUCAUUAAUAAUAAUAUAUAUAAAAUUGUGGAAAUAUAUUUAAUUCUUAUUAGUGAAUAUAGUUUUUGGUUUUUUUCUCUUAAUUAAAUUAGGACUCUAAUAUGCUAAUUAGCAGUAUAUACAGACAUUAUAUCAAGAAAUAUCAACGUCUAUUCAACACACUUUGUAAUGAAUAGUGUUAAAAGUAUGGGGUUUUUUUUUGUUUUGUUUUUUUUUCAAACAAGUUUUAAGCGUUUUCAAGCGUAUUUAACUAUUGAUCUAAAAUAUGUUUUUUCAUUAUUACCUAAUUAAAAUUUAGUAGAGAUAUUUAUAGACUUAACUAGCUUGAAAGUCAAAAUAUUUUCAUAGAUUUCUAAGGUUUUCAUUUCUCUAAAUAAGGAUAAAUUUACUCAAAAUAUUAUUUCAGUUAUAUUUUAAUAAUUUGAGAAUUUAUGAUGUCAACAUAACAGAAAGUGUUACUUUAUAUUUUUCCUUUUGCCUAUUAACCUUUAUUUGUAUUUUAUUCUUAUUAAAUUCACACUAGAUUAUAAAAUGUCAAAUAAUUUGAAACUUAUGUUAGAAACUAUAUUCUAUGGCAUGGUGCUACUACUGUACAUCAUAACAAGGCAAAAACGAUUACAAAGGACUUUAAACAAAUUUGUGAGUCUGUUCAAGAAAUCCUUUGUUAAAUAUUUUUAUUAAAAACAUAUUUUUGCUCUCACUCCUAAACAGGUGCUGUUAAUAUUGAUAAAUCAAAGUUAUAGGUUGAUUACUAGUACUGGGUGAUAU